GGACAUAAAUACAUGUAACACAGCAAAUGAGUUGAGCUCGUGUUCGCUCCUUUAAAAACAAUUAUGCUCAAAUGUCUUUUACAAAUGGAAGUGAUUUUAAUCUUUCUCUCAUUUUUUACGUUAUUAUUUUUAUCUCAUGAUGAUUGAAUUCCUCUAGCGCUUGCAUCUGAUGCCUUCAAUAUUUGACGUGGAAUCUUUGAAUUAAAAGUAAUAAUGUUGCCUGCUAAAGUGAAAAACCUGUGGAGGCUGCUUCAUUGUAGACGCGUAAUGGACUUCACGUCUCUGACUAGAAAGGCAUACCACUCCAGACUUGUUUUAGGCAUUGAGACGAGCUGUGAUGAUACUGGGGCUGCUGUACUGGACGAAACUGGUACAAUCCUGGGAGAGUCUCUUUACUCACAAAAUGAGGUUCAUCUGAGGACUGGUGGUAUUAUUCCCACUGUUGCACAGCAACUCCACAGAGAGAGCAUAGAGGUUGUGGUCCAUGAAGCCCUGGAGAGGAGUGGAGUGACCCCAAGCCAACUGUCAGCUGUGGCCACAACAGUAAAGCCAGGCUUGGCCCUGAGCUUGGGCAUUGGUCUUGCGUUCAGUCAGAAGUUUGUAAGGAAGCACAACAUACUGUUCAUUCCCAUUCACCACAUGGAGGCCCAUGCCCUGACUAUCAGAAUGCUCCAGCCCGUGCCCUUUCCUUUCCUGGUUCUGCUUGUUUCUGGUGGUCACUCGCUUCUUGCUGUUGCACGAGGAAUUGACGACUUCCUGCUGUUGGGUUACAUGUUGGAUGAAGCUCCAGGGGACACACUGGAUAAAGUGGCAAGACGCCUCUCCCUCACAAAACAUCCAGAUUGCUCCACGUUAAGUGGAGGACAAGCGAUUGAGCUUUUAGCAAGAAGUGGUGACAGGAGGAAAUUCCCUUUCAGGACACCGAUGGGGCGGAUUUAUGACUGCUGCUUUUCUUUUGCUGGACUACGAAGUCAAAUCACAAUGUCCAUCAUAAAAAAAGAGGCUGAAGAAGGAAUAGAACAAGGUACACUUUUGUCUUGCGUAAAUGACAUUGCAGCUGGCACACAACACACAGUUGCUGUUCAUCUUGCAAAACGGACUCAUCGUGCCAUCUUGUUCUGUAAGGAAAAUGGCCUUCUGCCAUCUGAUAAUCCUAUUUUGGUGGUGUCUGGAGGAGUUGCAAGCAAUCAGUACAUCUGUAAGGCACUGACGGUUAUCACUGAAAAGACAGGACUUCGUCUGCUCUGUCCUCCACCCAGAUUCUGCACUGACAAUGGCGUGAUGAUCGCGUGGAAUGGUAUUGAGCGUCUAAAAGAGGGGAGAGGAAUUCUGUCUCCAAGUGAGGAUGUCUGUUAUGAGCCAAAAGCACCACUAGGUGUCGACAUCUCAGCAAAAGUGAGAGCAGCAGGGAUACGGUUACCACCAGUCAGGAUGAAGAUCCUUAGCUGACAGACACAACCCUAUCAUAACUAAUUACCCCUGUGUUUAUUUGUAAUUUUAAAAUUUCAACGUGAGUAUUUUUGUCAAAGAAAAUGAAGAAAUAAUUGAGUUAUGCUUAUUAAAGUUGCUAACAGAACAAUAAAUGAUUCUUGUUUAUAUACAGAA